GGGUCAAUCCCAGCCGUACACAUCAGCGAGCUGACGGAGGGGCUGUGGAGAGGCUAGUUGGCGGCGCCGUCAGUCCCGGCCCGCCGCCUCCCAGACCCGCGCGGGUGCUCUCGCAGGGCCGCCCGCUUCUGCAGCCUCGCGGACGCCCGGAGCCAGCGCUUCAGGCCUGGACGCUGGGGUGCGGCGGUGCAGCCAUGGACUUCUCCAAGUUCCUUGCCGAAGACUUCGACGUGAAGGAGUGGAUCAACGCGGCCUUCAGGGCUGGCCCCAAGGAGGUGGCGGCCGGGAAAGCGGACAGCCACGCGGCCACCCUGGUGAUGAAGCUGCAGCUGUUCAUCCAGGAGGUGAACCACGCCGUGGAGGAAACAAGUCAUCAGGCCCUUCAGAACAUGCCCAAAGUGCUCCGUGAUGUCGAAGCCCUUAAACAGGAGGCAUCUUUUCUGAAAGAACAAAUGAUUCUUGUCAAGGAGGACAUUAAAAAAUUUGAACAGGACACAUCUCAGUCGAUGCAGGUAUUGGUAGAAAUCGACCAGGUGAAGUCCCGAAUGCAGCUUGCCGCAGAAUCUCUUCAAGAAGCCGACAAAUGGAGCACACUGAGUGCUGAUAUUGAGGAGACAUUUAAGACUCAAGACAUAGCUGUGAUUUCUGCCAAGCUCACAGGUAUGCAGAAUAGCCUAAUGAUGCUUGUUGAUACACCAGACUACUCAGAAAAAUGUGUGCACUUGGAGGCGUUGAAGAACAGGCUGGAGGCCUUGGCCAGCCCCCAGAUUGUAGCAGCAUUCACAUCUCAGUCUAUAGAUCAGUCCAAAGUGUUUGUGAAGGUUUUUACUGAAAUUGACCGGAUGCCCCAACUUCUUGCAUACUACUACAAGUGUCACAAGGUCCAGCUUUUAGCAGCCUGGCAGGAGCUGUGCCAGACUGACCUACCCCUGGACCGGCAGCUCACUGGACUCUAUGACGCCUUGCUCGGUGCUUGGCACACGCAAAUCCAGUGGGCUAUGCAGGUUUUCAGGAACCCCCACGAGGUGGUGACUGUGCUGCUCAUUCAGACCCUGGGGGCCCUGGUGCCCUCUCUGCCCAUCUGCCUCAGCGCCAGUGUGGAGAGGGCAGGGCCCGAGCUGGAGCUCGUCAAGCUGCUGGAGCUGUACGACGCCACCGCCCACUUCGCCAAGGGAUUGGAGAUGGCCCUGCUCCCCCAUGCAGAUGAGCAAAACGUGGUGAAAGUCGUGGAGCUGGUGGAUGCUGUGUAUGGUCCGUACAGACCCUACCAGCUGAAGUACGGUGACAUGGAAGAGAAGAACCUCCUCAUCCAGAUCAGUGCGGUGCCUCUGGAACGUGGGGAAGUCAUUGACUGCGUGCAGGAGCUGAGCCACUCUGUGAACAAGCUCUUUGGCCUUGCUUCUGCAGCGAUUGACAGAUGCAUCAAAUUUACCAAUGGCCUGGGGACCUGUGGCCUGCUGACAGCCCUGAAAUCCCUCUUUGCCAAGUAUGUGUCUGAUUUCACCAGUACUCUCCACUCAAUACGAAAGAAGUAUAGGCUGGAUGAUAUUCCUCUCAACUCCCUUUUUCAAGAAGAUUGGGCGGCUUUUCAGAAUUCCAUUAGGAUAAUAGCCACCUGUGGAGAGCUCCUGCGGCAGUGCCGGGACUUUGAGCAGCAGCUAGCCAACAGGAUUUUGUCCACAGCUGGGAAGUAUCUCUCUGAGUCCUACAGCCCUCGGAGCCUGACCGGUUUUCAGGAUAGCAUCUUGACAGACAAGAAGAGCUCUGCCAGGAACCCAUGGCAAGAAUAUAAUUACCUUCAGAAAGACAGCCCUGCCGAAUAUGGCAGUUUAAUGGAAAUACUCUAUACCCUCAAGGAAAAAGGGUCAAGUAACCACAACCUGCUGUCGGCGUCUCGAGCGGCUCUGACUCGGCUUAACCAGCAGGCCCACCAGCUGGCUUUCGAUUCCGUCUUCCUGCGCAUCAAGCAACAGCUGCUCCUCAUUUCCAAGAUGGAUAGCUGGAACACCGCCGGCAUUGGAGAAACCCUGACCGAUGACCUGCCCACCUUCAGUCUCACUCCUCUCGAGUACAUCAGCAACAUCGGGCAGUAUAUCAUGUCCCUCCCCCUGAACCUUGAGCCAUUCGUGACUCAGGAGGACUCAGCCCUAGAGCUGGCUUUGCACGCUGGAAAGCUGCCGUUUCCUCCUGAGCAAGACUACCUGAUCAACGUGAUGGACGCCCUGGGCCUGCAGCCGUCCCGCACCCUCCACAACAUCGUGAUGCUCCUGAAGGCCAAACCCGAGGAUUACAGACAGGUCAGCAAAGGCCUGCCCCGUCGCCUCGCCACCACGGUGGCUGCCAUGCGGGGCGUGGACUACUGACCCCCGUGCACCCGGCUGAUGAGAGGGUCGGGGCUGGAGUUCCGGGGCCACAGAAGCCCCCAGAAUGGAUUUGCUCUAAAAAUCCGCCUGGGAUUGGGCAGAAUUUGUUUCAGAAAGAUGUGGUUCAUUUGUAUAAUCGAAAAAAAAGGUUGUAAGUUAGAGGUGUAUUAUUUAUCAGGGAGGAAUUUUCAGAUGAUUUUUUAAAUGAUCCUGUCUUGAAAGUGCAAUUAAUACAUACUGUGAAAUGAAAGAAGGCUGUCUUCUUUCCUCAGUGAAUAUUUGGGUGCUCCUCAUGUGCUGCGCUGUCUGCACUGAGGAUUCGGCGGAAAGGAUAAUCCCAGCUGGGUUAGCCUGCUCGUGCCAGCCCUCCGGAGGGGCACUGCCGCGAAUGUGGCCUCUGAACCAGCCCCACUGGGCUGCCAGGGCCGUGUCUCUCUGGGUUUGUCAUCCAGGGAUUCCCACACAUUCUGUCCCCACAUCUUUGGAACCAGUUUGGCUGGCCCCGAAAUUUGCAGCAUCAGCUGCGAAUCCGCACCAAGAAAAAUAUUUUGGUUUCUCAUGUGGUGGAUCACAGACUGUCCGUGGCAGGGCUCAAGCCUGGCUCCUGCCUUGAAGUGGGAGCUGGAAACCUGGAAGGUGAAAAGAGCUGCUUUGAAGUGGAAACCUCUUUGCAGUGACCUCUGUGCCAGUGUGGGUGAGAGCCACCAGGACAGGCUUGGUCUUGAUUCCCAGCUUUGCCACCUUCCAGCUGUGUGACCUUGGGAAAGUCAUUUGCCUCUCCGAGCCUCAUUUCCUAAUCCGAAAAACGGGGGUCAUAAUGGUACCUAACUCAUAGGGUUAUUUGAAGAGCCACUGAGACACAGUGGGGGCAACAGCAUGUAGUAAGUAAGUGCACAAUAGCUGCUAAUUUCAUAGUCCUCUAGCAUCUGUAACCUACCUUCCCUUU